AUGGCUGUGAUUAACAGGCUCCGGUUGUCCCUAAACCAGUUUCAAUUGCUUAUUCUUCUCUCAUUACUGUUGCCCUUGUUUGCAACUUCAUUGACCUUCAAUUUUCCCAGCUUUCCCCCUGACGUUGCCACCAAUAUAUCAAUGGAGGGAAAUGCUUCAGCCGAUGGCUCCCUCCGCCUCACCAAAAGUGCUCUUGACCAGGACCUAAGUGGCAGCACCGGUAGAGCCACCUACAAAAAGACCUUCCUCCUCAGACAAAAAUCCACCGGAAAACUCGCUGAUUUCACGUCAAGUUUCACGUUCGCCAUUGACUCCGACAACAACCCCAACUACGCAGAUGGGCUAGCAUUCUUCCUAGCGCCGGCAGGGUCCUCACUGGACAGCAUAAUAGGGCAAGGUAGCAGUCUUGGCCUCCCUGUCAACAGUACGCUGGCAAACUAUACCAUGUCAAGUACUGAAUAUCCGUUUGUCGCCGUCGAGUUUGAUAUCUUCAACAACUCAGAUAGAAGAUCGAUUGAUUGGGGUCUAAAUUACACUCAUGUCGGCAUCGACAUCAACUCCGUCAAGUCUAACGUCACCGCGCCGUGGAAUGGUGGGAUUACCACUGGAAAAGAAAACAAUGCCAUGAUUAGUUACAACUCCACCUCCAAGAAUCUUAGAGUUGCAUUCACAACGAUUCAAAACGGGGUCCAGGUUAUCAGAAAUAUUGAUUUCUCAGUUGAUCUGCUCCAACACUUGCCCGAUAGAGUCAUCGUUGGUUUCUCGGCUUCAACGGGUCUACAAGUUGCUCUGCAUAAGAUCAUUUCUUGGAGCUUUGAUUCAACUUCAUUGGCAGAUGAAGACAUCACAUCAACUCUUCCUGCGCCAAAGUCUGGAAAUGCCAAUGUUGGACUAGUAGUUGGGUUGGCUGUUGGGGGAGGUGUUAUCUUGGUUGGUGUGUUAGGUUUCGUUAGGUUCCUCUUCUGCACGAAGAGGAGGGAAACAACUGGGGAAAGUACUGAUGAUGAUACUAGGGUACUUAAUGAUUUGGAUCCUGAAGAAUUCGAAAAGGGGAAAGGCCCUAGGAAAUUCUCCUACAAUGAAUUGGCCCUUGCAACUAAUAAUUUUGCGCAGGGAGAAAAAUUUUGCCAGUCAGAUCGGCCCCGGAAACCACCUUCAUACCUCACCGAUUACAAAACCAACCACGCCGUUCUGCUUGGCCAAGCCGUCGCUCUCCCCUCCACGUCUGGCACUCGGUAUCCGCUGCAAAGGUACAUUUCCUACUCUGGUUUGUCAUCUAAUUAUCGCUCAUUUGUGAACAACAUAUCUCAAUUAGUCGAACCAGCGAAUUAUGAACAGGCAAGCCGUGAUCCGCAAUGGGUUGCGGCCAUGAACACUGAAAUUCAAGCACUGGAAGAUAACGGGACAUGGUCCAUGGUCCCUUUGCCUCUAGGUCAACGCCCUAUCGGUUGUAAAUGGGUCUUCAAGAUCAAGUAUCAUUCUGAUGGUACAAUUGAACGGUACAAGGCUCGACUUGUCGCCAAGGGAUUUAAUCAGAGAGAAGGGAUUGAUUACAAGGACACUUUUGCUCCGGUGGCCAAGUUGAUCACUGUACGUUGCUUGUUGGCUAUUGCUGCUGUCCGCAACUGGCCAUUACACUAG